GCAUAUUAUUUAUCCUGAAUUCUAGGAACACUUUAGGGGAAGUAUUAUACUGAUAUCACGGGAAACUCAACCACACUUUCUAAGACCGAGCUUUUGAUCACUUAGUAAAAGUACACGUUAGACUAAACCACACUCACCACUUUAAAUUUUUCGCAAUGGAACAUAUGCUCAGUUGCAUGCUGCCCUACCUGGACAAGCAUCUUGCUCUAGGUCUCCUUAGCUUUUAUGAAGAGAAAGGCCUUGCCGUUGAGGAUGCCAAGGCUAAAGUGCUAGCAUCAACCGCCCUUACCCCCCAGUACACCGUGAAGCCUGAGCAGGAGGAGCGGAUCCAGGCCACAACCCUACGUGCGAAGCCUGCACUUGACGAAUUCUUCGAAGGUUCCGACAACGAGGACUACACCUAUCAGUUCAAACUUACGGCCAGCGAGGUAGAGCAACUACGGACCCAGAGUGAGCUCUCAUAUGAUUAUCUCCGCACCAAGAAGGGCAUUACCCGGGCAGUUAUGCAAGCUGUCAUGGAGCUUGCCUUUUUAUACUACGACAAGGCCAGUUAUGGCGACGCGUCGGAGCUGUUGGCGCUCUGUCAGUGCGUCAGCGGCUACGAUUUGCCCUCCGAGAUCAUAAUCUGGGGAAAGCUAAUGUGCGACACCGGGGCCUGUAAUUGGCAAUCCGCCAUUGAAAUGGCGGCCACGAUUCGUAAGAACCAGAACAGCGACGAGGAAGAGAUCUUUCGUCAGGCUAACGCGACCACCAUCCAAGCACGUGCGUGGCUUCUGCAUUGGGUGCUCUUUCCGUUUUUCAAGGGGGGCAGUCAGUACCCCGUGCAGCUGCUCUCCUACAUUUUCGACCACCGUUCUGAUAAUAUCUACCAGAGUGUGAUUGAAACGCUCUGUCCGCAUUACCUGCGUUACGUGUGCGCGGCCGUCCUGCUGAACUACACGCGCCAUUCCAACUUCAAAGCAGCUGCCGCCAUGACCGAGAAUAUCUACGAGUACUCCGACGCGCUCACCAAGUUGAUAGGGUUGAUUCAAAAGUUUGACUUCGAAGGUGCCCUCGAGUUGUUGCCAGAGGUUGAGAAGGUUGUGCAGGAGGACUUUUUCCUCUGCGAUCUGGAGGAUUGUCUGAUGAGUAAGGCUAAGCGUCUGAUCUUUCAGCGAUACAUGUCUUUGCACAUGGUAGUGUCGAUUCCAUAUGUUGCGGAUAAACUCGGCAUGUCAAAGGCAGAUGCUGAGGUGUGGCUUGUUAAUCUGAUCAGUGACUCAAAGCAGCGUGCUAAAGUCGACUCUGUUAAUGAACAGCUUAAUGUCGAACCGCAGACACGUGCGGCAGACGCAUUGGUGUACGAUAAACUAGAGUCGAUAUCUCGCAAGUAA